UUUCGCUCAAGAUGGUUUUUCAACAUGCCCAUCAAUCUCAGACCGAUUUCCACCCUCCGUUACGCGGGCUUCUCCCGCCUCGACCAGGACAGCAUAGCCCAGAAAGACCCAUGUCCGACGUCAAGACGGUUUCCCGGUCCCAGCUGUACGAAAGCGGUGGCGAAGACGCUGCCAGCUCCGACGAGCAGGAGUACAACUGCCCGCCACCAGGCUUUGAUUUCGAGAUAGUCGAUGUCGACGACGACGUCGACGCCGACCAGCCACCGGCAGCCGAAGCUGGCGACGCCGGCGACAAGACAGACGACAGCACAUCCUUGGCAAAGGAUGGUGACGACAAGGUCGAGUAUUUCCCACUUUUCUCCACAACCGCAACCCCCAACGGAGCGUCUCUCACAAAUAGCUCGGGCACGGCUGGCAGCUUGGUCAGGAUCAAGGUGGACGACUUGGCCGACGUCGACGAGGAGCAGGAGCCGGGGAAAGUGAAGGACGAGGAGUGGGACCAGAUUGCAAAGGAACGGAAUGAGAGCAGACGACCUUUGAGCUACUACUACCACGACGGUGACGGCGACGACCAGGUCGAGAAGUACAAGGCGGUUGCCGUCGAUGGAGACACGGUGAUACAGUGGAGCAAGCACUUCCGCAUAUUGACAAACUACAGGGUGAAGGACCUGGCGAAGCACAACGCGACGGUUGACCUGUACCACAAGAUAGACCGGUCUGCGAGAGACGGGAAGGGUAAAAAGAGAGGAGGAAAGAAGCAGAGAGACGCCAAGAUCUUCCGAAAGGAGAGACUCAAAGAGUGGAAACAGAAGCUUGCCGAGGCCAGAGAGCGUGCCAGACAGAGAUCCUACAGAGAGGACCCCGCCGCAACGGCCGGCGCCACGUCUUCAACGAAAACCAAGUUCGGAGAUUCCUUCAGAAAACGCUCAAACACUGUCUCCAAAAACAUAGGAAGGCCGGGGAAACCGGUGUUCAGAACGGAGUAAUUCACCUUAUGUAUGCGGAUUUAUAAACAU